UACACCACGUACACCGAUGAUCAGCGCUGUCUUGCGAACUUGAUGCUAGCUGGCUACUAGCUAACGGUCUGUCAAGUCGCACACAUUGGGCAGACGGGGGAAGCAGCGGUGGAGAAGAAGGGCGACCCAAGCGCCGCUACGAAAUGGCCGGGCAACAGUUCCAGUACGACGACAGCGGCAAUACCUUUUUCUACUUCCUAACGUCCUUCGUCGGACUUAUUGUGAUCCCAGCCACAUAUUACCUCUGGCCCCGGGAUCAGAAUGCUGAACAACUCCGUCUGAAGAGCCUGAGGAGGGUACAUGGCAGGUGUCUGUGGUACCGGCUCAGGCUGAUGAAGUCACAGCAGAGCAUUGUCCCAACACUAAAGAAAGCAGCCUUGUUAUUUGGUUGGGCUGUGUUCCUGCUGCUAGCCUACAAGGUGUCCAAGCUGGACAGAGAGUACCAGGAGUAUAAUCCAUAUGAAGUCCUCAACUUGGACCCGGGUGCAUCGCUGUCAGAAAUCAAGAAGCAAUACCGUGUCCUGUCACUCAAGUACCACCCUGACAAAGGUGGUGAUGAGGCCACAUUUAUGAGAAUUGCCAAAGCCUAUGCUGCUCUGACCAAUGAACAGUCACGACAGAACUGGGAAAACUACGGUAACCCAGAUGGCCCAGGAGCAACCAGCUUUGGUAUUGCCCUGCCUGCCUGGAUUGUUGACCAGAAGAACUCAAUGCUGGUGCUAUUGGUAUAUGGAUUAGCCUUUAUGGUAAUCCUUCCUGUUGUCGUGGGCACAUGGUGGUACCGCUCCAUCCGAUACAGUGGAGACCAGAUCCUCAUUAACACUACCCAGCUCUUCAUGCAUUUCAUGUACAAGACGCCCAACAUGAACAUGAAACGGUUAGCCAUGGUGUUGACAGCAGCAUUUGAGUUUGACCCUCGCAGCAACAAAGAAGCCACCAUACGACCAACAGAUAACAUUGAAGUGCCUCAGUUGAUCCGUGAGUUGGGAAACAUCAACGUGAAGAAGAAGGAGCCUCCAUUUUGCUAUCCUUACAGUUUGAAGGCCAGGGUCUUAGUGCUCGCUCACCUGGCACGCAUGGACGUAUCAGAGGAGUUAGAAGAAGAUCAGAGGUUUGUGGUGAGGAAGAGUCCAGCUCUCCUGCAGGAGAUGAUCAACGUGGGCUGUCAGCUUACCAUGAUGGCCAACAGCAGAGGAGGUUUCCACGCUCCUCGACUAGUAACCAUAGAGAAUUGCAUGAAGCUGACCCAAAUGAUAGUGCAGGGUCUGCAGGAGUCAAAAUCACCACUGUUGCAGCUGCCCCACUUUGAGGAAGAGCACCUCCGCUACUGCAUCUCUAAGAAGUAUAAAGUUCGGAGCCUCCAGGACCUGGUGAGCCUCAAGGACUCCGACAGACGCAGCAUGCUGCGAUUCUUGGGGGAGGAGAAGUAUGAUGAGGUCAUGGCUGUGUUGGGCAGCUUCCCUCACAUCACCAUGGAUACCAAACUACAGGUCCUUGAUGAUGAAGACAGCAAUAACAUCACAGCAGGCUCUAUUGUCACAGUAACUGUCACCUUAACCAGAAAACGGAUGGCGGAGGUGUUUGAAAAGGAGCAGGACUCAACGCCGUGUCUAGCAGAGGAGGCUUCCACUACAGAGGAAACACAAGGAGACACGAGUAAAACCAAAACAAAAGUGUGGCAGAACAAGAGUAAAGGGGCUAAGAAGACAGCCAAGUCCAAGAAGAAAAAAUUAACCAAGAAGAAGGCCACUCCUGCACCUGCCAAAACCAAGCAAGCCAAUGGCAACGUAGCAGGAAAUGAAGUCGUAGCAGCGUCAGCAGCAGCAGCAGCAGUGAAGGAGGAAGAGGACGAGGCCUCGGACAAGGGCAGCGAGUCGGACGAGGGCGAAGCCAACAAGGACUCUCCCAGCGAGAGAGACGAAGACAGCGACAAACAGAGCGACACAGAGGUGGACGAGAUGGCCGGCGACGAUGAAGAGGAGUGGGAGGCGUUGCAGCAGAGCAUCCAGCGGCGAGAGCGGGCCCUGCUAGAGACCAAGUCGAAGGUGACGCACCCCGUCUACAGCCUCUACUUCCCCGAGGAGAAGCAGGAAUGGUGGUGGCUCUACAUCGCAGACCGCCGAGAUCAGACCCUCGUCUCCAUGCCCUACCACGUCUGCACACUAAAAGACACAGAGGAGGUGGAGCUGAAAUUUCCAGCGCCCUCCAAAACGGGCAACUACCAAUAUUCUGUCAUCCUCCGUUCUGAUUCCUACCUGGGACUGGACCAGAUCAAACCACUCAAGCUGGAGGUCCACGAGGCUAAGGCCAUGCUGGACAACCACCCACAGUGGGACAUCCCCGACACAGAAGAGGAGGACGAGGAGCAGGAGGACAGCGAUGGCAUCGAGGAGAGUGAAGAUGACGACGAGGACAACGAUUAAAUGCGGAUACAUGCGCACACACACACACACACACACACACACACACACACUCA